AUGACGGAUAUUGCCCCAAAGCCGUCGCCUCUUGCCAGGCUCCAGUCAGAUGGCACUGAAACAAGCAGAGGCGCCUCGCCUCAACCUUCCCACAUCAGCUUUACCACGCCCCAUAAUGGCCACAAGAUCCUCCGAUCUGCCACAGUGGGCUACAUUGCCCCAGAGUUCGUUGGAAAGCUGGAGCAGAUGAAGUCGGUUAAGGAAAUCAUCCAAGCUGCUGGCUGGUUGCCCGAAGUCGUCAUUGAUGAACAGAUCCAGUGGUUCUACGAAAAGCUCGGAAUUGACGAUGUUUACUUUCACAUCGAGACUCCCACUGUCAUCGCCAACCAAAUCACUUCUUUGUAUGCCGCCAAGGUUGCUGCAUCCGUCCGAGAGGACAGGCAAGAGGAGAUCCGCCUGGACAUGGAGGCAAACGACCAUGCCAUCUACAUUGAUACCAGCAUUCCUGGCAAGGCCCUAGUCGGAGGACCUCAGUAUGAGAAGCGCCUUGAGGCCAAGUACCUGGAUCACCAGGGCACCACCAAAUACCGUGUGGAGACAUUCCGAUCCCCUGCAGUGAUCGGCAACAGCCCCUCCUCCCAGGCUACCCUCCGCUGCUACUUCGUUUACCAGUGCCUGUUCAAGCAGAAGCCUGAGGAGACUGAUCCCAAAGAAACACGCCUUGAAGUCAUUUCCGACCAUGGGUUUUGGCAAAAGGCAACUGCAAACACCAAGCAGAUCUACCAAGAGAUCAUUGAACUCGCCGUCAACCGCACUGGCCCAGUCAUCGAGGUCUAUGACCUGGAGGGCUUGGCUGAGAAGCGACUCGUUAUCGCGUUCCGUACUCGAACAGCCCAUGGCCUGUUCUCUGCUUUGAGCGAUCUCUACCACUACUAUGGUGUCACUAGCUCCAGGAAGUACUGUGAGCAGUUUGCCAACGGUAUCACCGUCAUGAGUGUGUAUCUGCGCCCUGCCCUGGCUCUCGACGGUGACUACCCCCCAUUGGAGGAGUCCAUCCACCAGAUCACCAAGGAGAUUUCCCUCCUCUACUGUAUUCCCCAGAACAAGUUCCACAGCCUGUUCCUUACUGGAGAACUCAGUCUGCAAGAGUCCGUGUAUGCACAUGCCUCUUGGGUGUUCGUUCAGCACUUCCUCAACCGUCUCGGCCCCGAGUAUGCCUCUCUCUCGGAGCUGCUAGAUCCCAAGGAGAAACCCCAAGCCGCUCUUCUCCUGUCCAAGUUGAAGCGACGUCUUCGUACCGAGACCUUCACUCCUGACUACAUUUUGGAGAUCAUCAAGACCUACCCCAGCCUCGUCCGGGCCCUGUAUGCCUCCUUUGCCAAUGUCCACCUUGGCCUCUCGGAGGCUGCCUCGGAUGAUAAUGCUCGUCCCUCAAGCAUUGAAGUACUGUCGGAUGCAAAGCUUCAGGAGAAGAUCUCUUCCACCGUGUCUAAUGAACACGAUGAGAUGGUCAUGACUGCUUUCCGAGUCUUCAACUCUGCUAUUCUCAAGACCAACUACUUCACACCCACCAAGGUGGCCCUCAGCUUCCGUCUGGAUCCUGCCUUCUUGCCUGCUGUCGAAUACCCCAAGGCUUUGUACGGGAUGUUCCUCGUCAUCGGUGCUGAAUUCCGUGGCUUCCAUCUUCGCUUCCGAGACGUUUCUCGAGGUGGUAUCAGAAUCGUCAAGUCUCGUAGCAAGGAAGCAUAUGCCAUCAAUGCCCGAAACCUCUUCGACGAGAACUAUGGUCUUGCCAACACCCAGCAGCGCAAGAACAAGGAUAUCCCUGAAGGUGGAUCCAAGGGUGUUGUUCUCCUUGACCCCAAACAGCAGGACAAGCAGCGUGAAGCAUUCGAGAAAUACAUUGAUAGUAUCCUUGACCUUCUCCUCCCUGCCGAGACCCCCGGAAUCAAGAACCCCAUUGUCGAUCUCUACGGCAAGCAGGAGAUUCUUUUCAUGGGUCCCGAUGAGAACACUGCUGACCUGGUCGACUGGGCUACCGAGCAUGCCCGAGUUCGAGGUGCUCCUUGGUGGAAGUCUUUCUUUACCGGAAAGUCGCCCAAGCUUGGUGGAAUCCCCCACGACAGGUACGGCAUGACCACUCUUUCCGUCCGAGAGUACGUCAAAGGUAUCUACCGCAAGCUUAACCUGGAUCCCUCCCAGGUCAGGAAGAUGCAGACUGGUGGCCCUGAUGGCGAUCUGGGCAGCAACGAGAUCCUCCUCGGUAACGAAAAGUGGACCGCCAUUGUUGAUGGUUCCGGUGUGCUUGCCGAUCCCAAUGGCCUGAACCGAGAGGAACUCCUUCGUCUCGCCAAGAAGCGUGCCAUGAUUAGCGAGUAUGACCUGUCCAAACUCUCCAAGGACGGUUACCGGGUUCUUGUCGAGGAUAACAACAUCACCUUGCCCAGUGGUGAGGUUGUGGGCAAUGGCACCACCUUCCGAAACACCUACCACCUGAAGGAUACCGGCAAUGUCGAUGCCUUUGUCCCCUGUGGUGGCCGACCCGAGUCCAUCGAUCUCAUCUCGGUCAGCAAGCUUAUCAAGGAUGGAAAGUCCACCAUUCCUUACAUUGUGGAGGGUGCCAACCUGUUCAUCACACAGGAUGCUAAGCUUCGCUUGGAGGCCGCUGGCUGCAUUCUAUACAAGGAUGCCUCUGCCAACAAGGGCGGUGUCACAUCGUCCUCGCUCGAGGUUUUGGCCUCGCUGUCGUUCGAUGACGAGUCCUUCAUCACCAACAUGUGUGUCAACCCCAAGACCGGUGAGGCACCUCAGUUCUACAAGGAUUAUGUGAAGCAAGUCCAGAACAAGAUUCAAGAGAACGCUCGCCUUGAGUUCGAGGCUAUCUGGAGGGAGCACGAGGCCACUGGCAUCCCUCGCUCCAUUCUCUCUGACACCCUGUCCUGGGCCAUCACAGAUCUUGAUGAGGAGCUCCAGCAAUCUGACCUCUGGAAGAGUGAGAGGAUUCGAUUUGGUGUCCUCCGGGACGCCCUUCCCCAGCUCCUCCUGGAGAAGAUUGGUCUCGAAACUAUUGUCCAGCGGGUACCCGAGAACUACCUCCGGGCUAUCUUUGGUAGCUACUUGGCAAGCCGAUUCGUGUAUGAAUUCGGUAGCCAACCUAGCCAGUUCGCUUUCUUCGACUUCAUGUCGAAGCGCACGGCUAAGAUCACAGCGGCGGAAAAUGGCGUUCAAAAGGCAUAA